GGAAUAUCAUAAACUGUCUAUUGCAGAAACAAUAAGGAGCUUGGAUGUACUCAGACUGCUAUGCCGCUGAGGAGAGCCAGGGUAUACACAAUAUGACUACAAUUAUGACGAAUAUAUUUGUAUUUUUGGAUACCACGUGGCCGUAUUAUUUCGUCGCGGACUAUGUUAACUUCGUCCUCCAGCGGCUGAAUAUAAAUCCCUACGCCAGCGCUGUCACAAUACUCUCCGCCGCGGAUGCUACAAUAAUGGUCAACACCACGCAUUAUAUGCCAGAGGUCUACGAGAAUUGGAAUAUUACAUCGCAUUCAUGGUACAAACCUGGUUUCAGCCUACCACAGAUACUCAAUACCGCCGCCGAUUUAGCGCGCAAUAUUAUGGAUGUCGAUCGGAAUACCUCUUCUUUGGGUGGGCGUUCGCUGAUCGCAUUGCUCAUUCCCAGCCCAAUAGCCUAUGUGCCCGACUGGGAUAUGAACUAUGCGUUAAACUUCCUACAAAAACUCAACUACUCAGUGCCCGAUCUACAUUUUCUCUACUAUGGCGGUGGUGCGUUAAUACGUUUCGAAGAUCUGGUGCCCAAUGCUCAUGCGGACAUCUUUCCACUCGGCGAGGAAUACGGCGUUUGGACGGCAGGCACACCGGUUGUGCGACGCAUACGUGAAAUUCCACGGCGCUUAGUUAAUCCACGUUGUGGCGCCGGUAUGUACGCCAAUACGGCCGGUGCCAAUGAAAUGGUGCAAUAUGUACGUGCUGGUGCCAUCAAUUUCUACCGCAUUAUGCCGAAUUAUUUCUUCGGUUCGACGAGUUUGCGUUAUCUACGCAUCACGCCUCAAAGUCCGGUUUCGUUUAUUGUCUGCAGUUCGCGUACGAUCCCUUUGCCAUAUCGUAAGGAUGGUGCGGAUCAGCCGGAACAGGGUUGUGGCCAGACAGCUGCUACCAAUGGUUACUCGCUGGACUUGAGCGAACUCUGUGCGGGUUACACGCAAAUCGAGGAUUGUCCGCCACUUUAUGUUUCCGUGCAGGCCCAACAAUUUAUCAGCAGCAAUGAUUUGUCCUGCACGAAUCCAGCUUGCGAGUUGCCCAAUGCAGCGCAGUUUCUCAUUUAUGUUAACUAUUUAGUCUGCAACACAGCCACGAAGCUGGCACUGACGUCCGUGUUUACAGUUAUUUUAAGCAUAAUUCUUAGUACAAAAAUUUUUGAAAUCACGCUCGAAUAAAAACAGUUCAUACAUAGAGACUGCCAAUAAGGACUCAGUGCUAUUGAAUCAUUCAAUCACGUACAACGGUCUUGGACUGUGAUAGUAGCGACUGUCCACAUUGGACCGGAUUUAUUUGAGACCAAUUUGAAAGCAAAGUUUUCUACAACAACGUACAUUAAAAGAAGUCCAUAUUACAGUA